GAUUUUUCUAUUUCCAGGAUGAAAGUUUUUCUGGUUCUCCUGAGCGCUACCUUCUGUUAUGGACUUCAUAUCCUCCCUUGUGAGCCUGGGGACCCAGGACCCCUGGGAUGUGAUGCCUACAGGAGGAACGGCGGACGUCUGGACGUAGGAGGCGCUGGAAGAGGUUCCAUGAACUCUAUUGGGUUCGAACAGAACGCAAAUGUUGGGUUCGGGAACGAACUCAACAGUUUUGUUGAGCCAAGACUUGAGUUUGGAUUUGACGGAGGUGUUGUAAAUGACUUAAACUCUGGAUUCAAUACAGACGUCGGACUGGUUGAUACUGGUUUAGACAAUGGAUUCCAGAACGACUUGAGCGGUGUAGCAUUUGCCACUAGAGGACUUAGUUUGGACUCUAAUAUUGGAGUCGGUGGGGGUCCAGAUGCCAGCCUUGGAGCUGGUAUUGGGGGAGGUUUUGAUGCUGGUUUUGAUGUGAACUCAGGUAUUGAUGGAUCAUUUAUUGGAGGAGAUGUAGGUCUUGACGGAAAGGGAGGAAUAAUUGGUCGACCAUCGUUUGGGGGAAAUGACGGUAUAAUUGGAGGAUUUGAUGGGGGAAGAGGUAGUGAUAUAGGAGGAAUUGAUGGAGGAAUUGGUCUAGGAGGAGGCAUUGCCGGUGUCCCUUUUGGUGGUGGUGCUGGUUUCGGACAGGAUAAUGGCUUCGGUGCUGGAAUCGGCGGAGGAAAUAUUGGCGGAUCCCUUGGUCCUGCUGUUGGUAAGGACAGGGAAUUUGGACUUGGUAGGGGUGGAUUUGGAAAAGGAAUUGGAGGUGGCAAGAGAUGGGGAUCUGGAGGAAGGGGAAUUGGAUUUGGAAAAGGCUCUUUUGGAAUCGGAGACAGAAAAGGUAUUAGCAGUGGUCUUGGAAUUGGAGGAGGAAAGGGUAUCGGAGGUGGUUUAAGAUUCGGCAGUGGCGGAAAACACAUUAGAGGGGGUUUAGGAUUUGGAGGAAUGGAAAGAAAGAGAUUCGGUAAAAGAAGACCUCUUGGACCACGACCAAAAUUUGGCCAAUCAUAUCCAUCCCGGUAUAGGAAAGGGGGCUCAGUAUUCAAAAACAGACGACCCAGUAUCUUACCCAUCAAAAGACCACACCUUAGUUACGGACUCCGAAGCCCGGUCUCAUACUUACAAAGACCUUAUCGUAGAAUUUCUAAUUACCCCAAGAAUAUGCCGAUGAGACCAAUCCGACGCAUCGGCUCUGGAUAUUAAAAUAUUUGGUAAGCAAAGUGAAGCUGUCCAUAAGAAAUCUCCAAACAGCCGAGACCUUUGCGAGAACUCUGGACGAGAAUACAAA